AUGGCUGCCAUUAACAAUCAUUUCUCCUUCAUCUUCCUCCUUCUUACCCUUAUUUUUUCAUUGCAAAUCCAUGCAAGAGAAAGUCAAUUCUUAAACAAAAUCUCCAGCAACUACAAUGCUGAAAAAAAGACACAAGUAGUUAUUCCCGACAAAGAACAAGAACCAAACUUCUUGCCUGAAAAUGAAAAUAAUGGCUAUGGCAUAUAUGGUCAUGAGUCUAGUCAACUUCCUCUUUCCACCACCACUACUAAUGAUGUAGAAAAACCCUACAAAGAAAUCAACCCCACCACCACCUUAACUAAUAAUAUUCACAAUAGCAAAUACCUUCCCAAGAAUUACAACCAUGUGGCCUAUGUUACUGUCCUAAAGAACGAUGACGACAACAACAAUAACGAUGAAGAGUACAAGAAUACUGGUAGUAUUAAUAACAAGUACUACACUGGUGGCAGUACUAACAACAAAAACUACAACGGGGAAUACUAUAUUGGUG